UAUUGUUUGGCAUAAAUUCAAAAUUUAGAUUUUUUCUCAAAAUUAUUUCAUUACGGUCUGAAAUAUUUGAGAAUGGUCCCUUCACCUCCAGUACCGAAUUUGUUGUACAUGUUUGAUUUCGUAAUUGACGAUCUGGUGAUAAUACGCAAGAAUCACUGUGCCCCAGAAGAAUACUCCACCUGUGUGGAAUUCACAUUCCGAUCCAAUCUCUACAUCAAUCUCUGUGAUCGUGAAUAUGGAGGCUGCAUAGAUCCCAAACAGGCAAGGUGCGCCAAGUGCUGCAUAUUUCCGCUGGAUAAGCCAGUCACCGACGAGGAUCGACUGUUGAUUCACGUCUAUAAGAAGCGGACGGAUCGAUGCAAAUUUCUGAUUGGAAUGACUGAGAUGGUAGUCAAGCCGCUUUUCGAUGAGAUCGACAAAACGUUCGAGGCCCAGAACACAGAUUGGUUAAUAAAACGGCAGGACGGCUUGAAGGGUCUACCUACACUCAAGGGCUCCAACAGAGACAUGAUGGACAGAUGUGAGUGCUUCAACGCCGGUUUCCGCCGCAGAGAGCAGCUCUGUCCCAACUACGUAGUUGUCAAGAGAAUGUUGCCCCUCUUCAAUCUCUGCAAUCAACAGACCGGCAACAUGGUGCUCCUAUUGCGCCUGCUCUGCCAUGGACCCACUAUUGUAUCACAGCUCCACUUGGUGGGCAACAAGUUUGUCCCCGUGGAGCAGCCCCCAGACCAGCAUCCAUGUUAUAUACUGCCAGAAGAGCGCGAGGGCAAUUUCCCCACAACGGGCUAUCGCUACUUUUCGUGCAAUCUGGAUAAGCUCUGCCCCUGCGAUACCUGUGAGGAUGAGUUUGAUCGCGAUUGCCCCACUGUGCCCUGUAUGAAUAAGUGUAAGAGGAUUGUUGAGGAAUACAAGCCGUGCGGAAUUUGCGGCGAUGUCCCGCUGCUGCCCACCAGAUUUGUGUCCCGUGAGAAUUUGCUAGCAAAGCGUAAAUGCAAGAAGAAGCCCACGCAAAAGAGAUGCUGCAAAACGUAAAGGCAAAAGAGACUCAGAUAUAGAAAUUUGACGUACUGAAAGUGUCAAAGAAAUUUAUAAUUGUGUUUAA